AUGAAUGUUUGGAUUAUUCAAUGUAAUUGUAUGAAGUAUGUGACAAAUUAUUUUGUUAAAGGUCAAUUAUUGAAAAUAUUUAUAACAUUUCCUGAUCCUCAUUUUAAGAAUUCAGUAAAACGAAGAAGAAUAAUCAACCCACAUUUUGCUGCUAUGUAUGUUUAUCUUUUAAAACCAGGAGAAGGAAUGUUGUAUACAGCAUCUGAUGUAAAAGAACUUUUUGAUUGGAAUACACAAAAACGAAUGCCAGAUAACUAUACUGACGAUUAUUUAAAUAUUGUAAUGUUUAAAACAGAAGAAGCUAAAAAGGUUGAUAGAGAACAAAGACAAAAAUGGGGAGCUUGUUAUAGAAGAAGAAUAGAAGAACCAUUCUAA